GCCAUGUCUGCUGCAGAUACGCCCCACGGCAAGUCAUCGCCAACGCUGACGCGGCGCGAGCUCGCCGCGGUCGAUGGCGUGCUUCAGGAUGUAGAGGCCGCGAACAAGAGCUCGCCUGAUAUCACCAUUACCACCACCGCCGAUGUGGGCACCCCGCCCGCCGUGUUCGGCGCAGGCGGUCCUAUGCUCAAGCAGUUUGACCAGUCCAAUGCGACGAGCCGCAUUAUGUCUCAAGCAUCGACCCCGCGAUCUGUGGUCGGGAUCGGUGGCAAGGGGGCGAAGCCUGAUUAUUCUGAGGCGAAGAUCGUCCUCGCCAUGGUCGGGCUCCCUGCGCGAGGGAAGUCGUACCUCAGUAACAAGCUGAUGCGAUACCUGAAGUGGCUGGAAUACGACGUGAAGGUUUUCAACGUCGGGCAGCUACGCCGCUCGCGAGCCCGACAGAAAGCCCAGCAGAGCGGUAAACGCGAAGAUCACAGGGCGUCAUACUUCAGCCAUGUCAAUGCCGAGGCAACGAGGAUUCGAGAUCAGCUAGCGAACGACAGUCUAGAAAUGCUCAUCCAAUGGCUGCGCGAAGGCGGUAACGUCGGUAUACAUGAUGCAACGAACAGCACAAUAGCGCGCAGGCGACAGAUCGUCGAGCGGGUCUCCCGGGAGAAGGGCAUCGUCGUGAUCUUCCUCGAGUCGGUGUGCGACGACCCGGCGAUCAUCGCGGCGAACGUCGCGCUGAAGGUGUCCUCGGGCGACCCGGACUACAAGGACAUGAGCCGCGAGGAGGCGAGGGCGGACUUCGAGCGCCGCAUCCGCGAGUACGAGGCCGUGUACGAGACGAUCACGGAGCCGCACCUGUCGUACCUGCGCAUCAAGAACGUCGGCACGCAGGUCACGUUGUGCCAUAUCCAUGGGUACCUCCAGAGUCGCAUCGCGUUUUACUUGAUGAACUUGCACCUCAAGCCGCGGAGCAUAUUCUUUUCGAGGCACGGAGAGAGCCAGUUUAAUGUGGAAGGUCUAAUUGGUGGGGACUCGCUGCUGUCAGAACGGGGCAUGCGCUAUGCAAAAACGUUGCCAUCCCUUAUCACUGACAACAUUGGCGACGCUCCUCUGACGGUCUGGACAUCCACUCUCCAACGCACCAUCCAGACAGCGCAAGACCUGCCGUACCCAAAGCUCACCUGGAAGUCCCUCGACGAGCUGGACGCGGGUGUCUGCGACGGCAUGACAUACGAAGAAAUUGAGCAAGCCUACCCGGACGACUUUGCGAACCGCGACGAAGACAAGUUCAAUUACCGCUACCGAGGCGGCGAGUCGUACCGGGACGUCGUCGUGCGGCUCGAGCCGGUCAUCAUGGAGCUCGAGCGGCAGGAGAACAUCCUGAUCAUCGGGCACCAGGCGAUCCUGCGCUGCCUGUACGCGUACUUCCACGACCUCCCACAGGCGGACCUGCCGUACAUCAAGAUCCCGCUGCACACCGUCAUCAAGCUCACGCCCAAGGCGUACGGCUGCGACGAGGAGCGCUACACGCUCCCCAUUGGGGCUGUCGACACGCACCGCCCGAAGCCGAAGGUGCCCCCGCCGAGCGGGCCCGCGGCGCACUCUUCUGCGAGGGAGUACUAUGCGCCGCAGGCGUAAGCCAGUCCGCGCGUGAGUCGGAGGGCAAAUGGGGCAUUUGGUCGUCGGGGCGGGAACGGGAACGGGAACUUAGAAGGCGAGCACCAACACGGGGAAGGAGGAGCGGCAUGCGCAUUAUUUGUACUACAUAUACACUGUAGAGAUGUACGCGCACGGGCGCGGCGAAUAAAGGAAUGUAUCACUAGGUCGUACAACUCUAGCUGGCUGCACCCAGUGCGGGCAUGUGGAAGAGCCGUCCCAGCGACUCCUCCGCAUGCGUAGUAAGUAUGUGUGCGGCGGGCACGCCGCCGCUCUUUUGCCUAGAUCUCCGGGUCGCGCGUCCUCUAUGUAAUAUAAGGAUAGUAUAUACGGUAUAUAAUGUGCCUAGAUCGAGCGGCAACUAAUCAAGAACUUGCAGGGAGGGCGAGGGAGGGGGGGGACUAGGAUGAGGGGGAGUGCGCGAUGGCGAAGAGCUCGUCCGCGAACUUGACGUCGUGCAGCGUCUCGAGGGUGAGCGUCGCGUUGGACGCGGGCUCGUUGAGCCAGAGCCACUUGUAGCCGACGUGGUAGCGGACGGCGGGCAGCCAGCGCUGCGCGAGCCCGUCGUGCGGGUCGGACCAGCCCGGCCAGUCGUAGUAGCGGUCCACGCCGUCUAGGCAGUUGAAGUGGACCAUCUUGGGGAGGAUGGCGCGGCCGCGCUCGGGGGUCUCGUUGGUGUGCACCUGGACGCGCACCUCGUGCGCCUCGUCCGCGUCGUCGUCGCCGAGGCCCUUCAUGUACAUGUCCAUGAGACAUGCGGACACCUCCCAGUCGUACGAGAGGUGCUCGAAGAUGUCUGGGCGGUGGGACACGAUUGCCCACCAGUACCCCUGGUCUCCAAGCUUUACGCCGUCAUAGCGUACCCGUCCGCCGCCCGCGUCGACCGGUGCACCGAACAUCGCGGUGAACGCAGACGGCGCCAGAGCCGGAAGCUCGCCUGGGCGGUGGUACAGCGAGGAGUCCAUGAGACGCAGGGCGCGCAGCCGCGCGAGGUCGAGGAGCAUAAUGCAGGAACAAAUGCGGUUCGCAUUAUGCCACUCGGGCUCGGACUGGUCCGGGUGGAAGGGCAUGGCGAUCGCGGUGUCGGGUGCGAGGGCGCGGAAGUGGGCCCAGAGCUGGGCGGGGUCGGAGACGAAGAAGGCGUCGGUGUCGACGAAGAUGGCGCGCGUGACGGACGCGGGGAGGAUCUCGUGGAUGAAGAGCUUCAUCAGCCCGGGGACGCCGGCGGCGUGGUCGGUGUUGAUGGCGCCCUCGCGGUCGAUGCGGGCGACCAUGCUCUCGCGCGGGAUGCGGUAGAAGCGGACGAGGAUGGGGUGCUGGGGGUGUGUGAGGAGCGUGAGGCGUUUC